AUGGAUAAAAAAGAGCCUGAUGCUAAACUUGCCAAAACCGAGGAGGAGGCUCCGGAGGAGGAGGAGGAAGAGGAGAAGUCCACAAAGACCCCAGCUGGGAGUUCCAAGUCAGGGUGGAAGAACUGGAAGAAGACAAAGGAGUCUGACUCCGGUGGCGAGGAGAGCAAGAUCACUUACUGCCACUGGCUGCUGAAGUCAGAACCAGAGAGCAGGCUGGAGAAGGGAGUGGAUGUGAAAUUCAGCAUUGAGGACUUGAAAGCUCAGCCCAACCAGACCACCUUUUGGGAUGGAGUAAGAAACUACCAGGCAAGGAACUUCCUGAGAGCCAUGAAACUUGGGCAGCAGGCCUUCUUCUACCACAGUAACUGUAAAGAGCCUGGCAUUGUUGGCAUUGUCAAGAUCGUAAAGGAGGCUUACCCUGAUCACACACAGUUUGAUCAGAAGAAUCCUCAUUAUGAUUCCUCCAGCAGAAAAGAGAACCCCAAAUGGUCCAUGGUGGAUGUGCAGUUUGUGCGGAUGACCAAGCGCUUCAUCCCACUCUCUGAGAUCAAGGCUCACCACCUGGCACACAAAGCAGAUGGAGGCCCCCUCAAGAACAUGAUGCUCUUCACAAGACAGCGGCUUUCCAUCCAGCCACUGACACAAGAGGAGUUUGAUUUUGUCUUGAGUCUGGAAGAGGAGAAGCCACAUUAA